AAGUCCCGUUUCAGCCUAGGAUCAUUUAAUCCAUUCACAAUUUAAUUGACCAGUAUUUUGAAUAAGAGGAAAGAAAAUGAUGUCAAGACAGGCCUUUCUCUGCAGUUUGGGAUCUCUGUAUUUGUCCCUUCUGUUUGUGUUUCUUCUAAUGGAUGUUUAUGCAAGGCCUGCAAACAACUCUAUCCUUAAAGAAAAGGUAGUUGACAGUAAAGAUGAGAAUGAGAUCUUGCCCCCAGAUCACUUGAAUGGGGUCAAAAUGGAGAUGGAUGGCCAUCUUAACAAAGAAUUUCAUCAAGAAGUUUUUCUAGGAAAAGAGAUGGAAGAGUUUGAGGAAGAUUCUGAACCCAGAAAAAAUAGGAAGAAGCUCAUGGUCAUCUUUUCAAAAGUGGAUAUAAAUAAUGAUAAAAAGAUAAGUGCUAAAGAGAUGCAGCGCUGGAUCAUGGAAAAAACUGAUGAACACUUCCAGGAAGCUGUGGAAGAGAAUAAAAUGCACUUCCGAGCUGUGGACCCUGAUGGUGAUGGCCAUGUGUCCUGGGAUGAAUAUAAAGUUAAGUUUUUGGCAAGUAAGGGCUUUAAUGAAAAAGAAAUAGUAGAGAAGAUCAGAAACAAUGAAGAGCUAAAAAUAGAUGAAGAAACACAGGAAGUCUUAGAUAACCUGAAGGAUCGGUGGUACCAAGCUGACAACCCACCUCCUGAUCUGUUGUUGAAUGAGGAAGAAUUCUUGUCCUUUCUUCAUCCAGAGCAUAGUAGGGGAAUGCUGAAAUUUAUGGUGAAAGAGAUCAUCCGAGAUCUGGAUCAAGAUGGAGAUAAGAAACUAACUCUUUCAGAGUUCAUUUCAUUACCUGUCGGUACUGUAGAGAAUCAGCAAGCUCAAGAUAUUGAUGAUGAUUGGGUAAAAGACAGAAAGAAGGAAUUUGAAGAGGUCAUUGAUGCUAACCAUGAUGGUAUUGUCACAAUGGAAGAGCUGGAGGAAUAUAUGGAUCCUAUGAAUGAAUACAAUGCCCUAAAUGAAGCGAAGCAAAUGAUAGCAGUAGCAGAUGAAAAUCAAAACCAUCACUUAGAGCUGGAGGAGAUCCUGAAAUAUAGUGAAUACUUCACUGGCAGCAAACUUAUGGACUAUGCACGUAAUGUCCAUGAGGAGUUCUGACCAUGCUCACUUUUUCAGAGCUCUGAAGCACCUUCUUGCUUUCCCAAAAGAACCCACCAAAAAACAAAAACAAAACAAAAAAGUUACCUUGCUGCUAUCUGUGUUGUAUGCAUACAGUGUAUUAUUCUAGACUAAAAAAGCUCCGUCCACGUAGAAGAACUACAGCUCUAUUGCCUUCAGUAUGAAGAGAAGCAGAGGUGGGGGGGAAGUUCAAAAAUAAUAAUGCAGAUUCUGGACUAUAUCAGCUCACCCCAUUUUGUACCAUUGAUCCAGCUGAAUUUUCAGCUGCUUCUGGCUACUCAUGUUUAGCGGAGGCAUCUUUAAAUAUUUAAUUUUUUUUUUGUUACCUUCAUAGCUGCUGAUCCAUGGAAAUCACAAAUAACAUUAAAAGAUGUUGGCUUUUUUAAAGGGCUUGUGGUUCAAAUCCAUAUGUUCUGACCUCAUGUAAAAAAUCCAUUGAUAGACUGAUUGAAAAACUUCUCUUUUGCUCAGCAAAAUAUCCCUUUGUAUUUUGGGUGCAGUUUAUAUCCACUUCAAUAUUUCUUAGUUUAAAAAAAAAAAAUCAGUAAAUUGUAUCAGGAUGCUGCUCUCUGGGCUGUUCUUGCUCUGUGUGGUUUUUACAGUCAUAGUCAGCUCUUUUCUCACUAUUCUAACAGUCUGUGUAGUCAGCACACGUUCUUAAUGUUAUAUGUACUGAGUAUCAAUGAACUUCUCGGCUGAUGUCAUUACUUGUGUCUCUAGACUUCAGUUCUUCAUGGACUUGACUUUAGGAAUGUGAAACCUGUGUUAGCUUGUUAAAGGCAUUAGCUCUAGUGUUACUCUCUCAUAGUUGUUUCCAGUAACUGUUAUUAGAACUACUUAGGAAGAGGAGAUGAUAGCCAUAUUCCUGAGACGGUUCGUUCGUUUACAAUAAUUUGGCUCAUCUUCCAGUGUUCUUCUCAAGAUAUCUCAAUCUAGCUCUAUAUUGUUGGAGACUUAAUACAAGUCUCCCUCUAUCACUGGACUACCUUUGGGAGCUGGGGGAAGGAACUUGCUUUAAAUGUUACAGAGAACCUCUUCUGCGUCUGAGUUAAAAAGAAAAUUUGUUUAUGGUGUGACUGGUUUUUUGUUUGCAUCUGCACUGUGAUUGUGGGAGACUAAGAUUGCUUAGGUCUUUUUUUUUUUUUUUUUUUUUAAAAAAAAACAACCCAGAAAUGAAACACAAAGAGGAAGGUUUCUUUGUGGACUUAGAUGCUGCAUUAAGCAAAUGGGAUUCAUCUUCUAGGAUUAUGAUUUCUACUAGUUUUAACAAUGAAUUUCAGUUAAGUAGAGUUGCUCGUUUCUCUGCAAGUUAACGAUGCUGAUGAACUCAUGAAUGCUAAGACUGGGGGAAAAUACUGGCUUUGCUUUUGCACUGUCUCGGUCAGAGCAAUGUACAGUCAGCACUUCGUAAGCUUUCUGAUCGCUCAGUUUUUGGGUGCUCUCUGAAAAGCAUCUCGCAACACAGGGGUCGUAUCCACUGUUGUCUAAAAUAAGAAAACUUUUUAAAAUUCUAGUUCCAUCUUUACUGUUUUAAAAAAAAAAAAAAAGGUUGCGUGAAAAUCCAAGAUACUAUAUUUGAUUAAAUUUAUUCUCUUAAUGUAAAUAUAAACAUUGAUGUUUCUGUUUCA